AUGGAGACUUUCUUUUUAUUUUUGUUAAUUGUUGGACUGGCAGGGUACUCUGUUGGCCUGGAUUAUGUGUAUGAAUAUGAGAGCCAGGUGCUGUCAGUUGUAUCUCAGAGCGAUCAGGGGGCGGGGCUUAAGCUGAAAUCCCCAGUCCUUAUACAAAUACCCGCCCCGGGUAUGCUCAAAGUGCAGCUGACCUCUCCUCGACUGUACAAGAUCAACAGUCCUCUGGAUAAAGUCAGUGUCCAGGAUAUGAUCCCUAUGGAGAAGUGGGAUGAGCUGGUUGAUAAAGACACACUCCAUCUAAUUCAACACCUUACUAAACCUGUCUCCAUAAGGUACCAUCAAGGUCAUGUGGAUGAGCUGGUCAGUGCUGUGGAUGACCCGAGUCAGUCUGUAGACAUCAAGAAAGCCAUUCUCAGUCUGCUGGAGGUCAACUUAAACAAGCGCCAGUCACUCCACAUAGACAAAAAAGUGCCGAGCCCGGAUGGCAAACCUGUCAUGUACAGGGUCUUUGAGCCCAGUGUUUCCGGUGAGUGUGAGACCACAUAUAGACUGGAAAUUCUCAGACAAGAUGAAGAAAGGCCGGGUAUGAAGGUGGAGAAAGUGAGGGACCUUCACAAGUGUUUAGAGAGGGCUGUCCAUGUAUCUGGGCUACUGGAUUGGAAAUCUUGUGAAUCCUGCUCAAACAAGAGUGUUGUGCUGUCACCCAGCUCCACAGUGAAGCUCCAACUGGCCGGUACUCCAGACAAGUUCCUGGUUAUGGAGGCCUGGUCUGAAGCACAGUAUGACUUUGUGCCCUACGCAGAGGAUAAGGGCAUGAUUGCCACCUCUAGCAAACAAAGCCUGUCAUUGGUUGAUUCCCGCCCAAUCAGCACCAAGAUACAAGACCCGAAACCCACAAUGAAACAUGAGGAGCCGUUGAAAGUUACAGUUAAAAAUGCAGAAAAGCUGACCAUUGCUCCCAAAAAGCAAUACAGAAAUCAGGAGGAGAGAGAUGAGAUUGUAAAAAAGGUUGAGAAGUUGUUGCAUGGCCUAGAGACUUUGACGAAGGAUCGUGUGGAGGAGGAGGCUGCAGACCUACAGGACGAGCUAACCAGAAUGAUCUGGAAACUGGAGAAGUCAGAUAUUGACCACAUCCUAGACUACAGCCUUAAAAACACCAUCAUGUACCCAAGGGCAAGGAAGAUCCUGUUGGACCUCCUCCCCUUUAUUGGCACCUACCCUGCUGUUGAUGUUCUCAUGGCAAGGAUUGAGAAAGGGGAGAUAAGUCCCCAGUCAGCUCCUAUCAUGCUGGCCUCCCUUGCCCUCAUGCCUAAACCGGAUAUCUUCAUGGUGCAGAGAAUUAAGGACUAUGUAGAGAAGGCUGCCUGGAAGACCAAGAUGAUGAAGCAGUCAGCCUGGCUGUGUCUCACUGCCCUUGGACACAAGAUGACCUUGAUCAGUAAGCAGGAGCUCGAAGAAAUCUCCCACCAUGAAAAGAUGAUUGACCAGCUGAGGCAAGGAGCCAGUGAAAAGGACCUGAGAAAGAAACUUGACAUGAAGUUAGAACAAGUUAGGGACAGGUACAAACAGAUACAGGGUCUCGUCGUCACAGAAAAGGAGCAGAUUACGGAGAUGGUGAGGAAACUCCUUAAAACAUCUGAGCCAGACUCCAAACUGCUGGCGUUGAAGGUGAUAUUAGGUCUUGGAUUUGAAGAUAUCCUGUCUGAACUGAGCGAGAUCAUUAAAGACAAGGACACUGACAGACUGUGGAGACUCCAGGCCGUGGCAUCGACUCAUAGGAUAGCAGUGGAUCAUCCAGAGAAGGUUUGUUAG